CCAGUGUUGUUGUAGCUAUUGGUGGAGACGGACGUAUGCGCCCAUCUCCUAACGGCCGACAGAUUCUCAAAAUACAGUCGUGAUGGACAGAGGCCCAGUACAACAAACUUUGCUGUCAGCCUUUGGAUGGCUGCCAGCGCGGAUCGCUUUGGCAGCUCUGACCUUCUUCGGUAGCGUCAACAUCUUUACGCUGCGGAUCAACCUGUCUGUUGCUAUCGUGGCCAUGGUGCGUCGUAACCUCACCUCCGCCACCGCCGCCCGCGCCCACUGCCUGGUACCAUCGUCAGGUAAUGUGACGGAGGAGGAGGAGGGGGCUGUGACGGCUACCCCACUCACAUUACACCAGGUGGAAGACGAAGGGGAGAUGGACUGGGAUGAGAUCACCCAGGGGGUCAUCCUGGCCAGCUACUACUACGGCUACGUUUUUACGCAGGUAGUGGGGGGUCGUCUAGCAGAGAGGUAUGGACCAAGAAUUGUGUUCGGGAUCUGUAUCAUGUUCAGUGGCAUCUGCACCUUGUUCACGCCCCUCGCUGCCCGCACGAACUACGCAUCCCUCAUUGCUCUCAGGGUCAUACUGGGGCUGUGUAGCGGUAUGUCGUGGCCGACAAUGCAGUGUAUACUGGCUCGCUGGAUCCCCCCUCUGGAGCGGCCCAGGUUCGUCGCCAUCGUACACUUCGCCAGCACCUUAAGCAUCACCUUCACUCUACCGAUGUGUGGCUACAUCAUCGCCACCCACGGCUGGGACGCCACCUUCUACGUGACAGGGUGUUUGGCGUUGGUCUGGAGCUUCAUCUGGCUCCCUCUGAUGCACAAUACCCCGGCUCAGCACCCCAGAAUCAGCACUAAGGAGCUGGAAUACAUUGAGACGGCCGUCACUGCUGGUGGUAUCACAAGAACACGGCUGAGACGAGUCCCCUGGCGGGAGAUGGCCACCAGCCUGCCAGUGUGGGCUAUCAUCGUCGGCGACAUGGGCAACUCCUUCGGCCUCUCCCUCUAUAUGACUCAGCUGCCCACCUACAUGAAGAAUAUCCUCGGGUUCUCCAUUAAAGAUAAUAGUGCGUUAUCUGGGCUGCCGUUCUUGUGUCGCUAUACAGGAGGUCUUAUAUGCAGCUGGAGCGGUGACUGGCUGCUGAGUCGUGGAUACCUCUCCAUCAUCAAUACUCGCAGGAUAUACAGUGCCAUUGCGAUGUUAGGUCCUGCUGUAGUGCUAAUGGUGGUGGCUCACUCCGGCUGUGACCCUUCAGUUGCUGUGGCACUUCUGUGUUUCAGUCUGUUCCUCAACGGCGCCAUCACCACCAGCCAGCUCGUCAACCACACCGACAUUGCCCCGAACUUUUCAGGGACACUGUUUGGGAUCUGCAACACCUUCGCCUCCAUUUCCUCCUUCAUCUCCCCGAUGGCUGUGGGAGCCCUCACCAGAGGCCAGCAAACGAUGGGUCAGUGGCAGAAGGUGUUCUGGAUGUGUGUUCCCAUCUACGGGUUGACGGAGAUCUUCUACCUCAUCUUCUGCUCCGGCACUGUCCAGUCCUGGAACUUCGCUGGUCAGCAGCAACGAAAAGGGUCUACGGACGAGGCUAAGAGUGAGCCUGAAACCAAGGCACUACACGAAGUGUCAAAGUAACGCUUCACUUUUCAGUGGUAUUAUGCAUCACCUAGAGACUGCUGUCCUCCAGCACCUGUUCCCACAAGUAUAAGACUUUAAGUCCUUACGGAUACCAGAUGUCAAUAAAGAGUCUUAGCCUAAACUGAAAGAUAUCCAGCAUCUGAGAAACCAUGUUCCAGGAAAACUUAGAUACUAUGUUGCAAUGUUCGGUGGAUUUGGCAUCCUGUGUACCGCCGGCAAGGCCGUGGUCUCGUAACACUCGUCUUGCCGGC